AUGUCAUUCAUAAACGACUCCAACACUUCCGAAAUUAAACUCCUCUACGAAACUGAACAGGGUGUCUGGUUUGCCACCAAGAGGAACGAAUAUGGCUUCCCGAAAUACAUUGCUCAGCCACUCGGGUUUCUCGAUGGAUCUAGCCAAGAGGACACGGAUGAGGCCUGGAAGCAAAAGACAUUUCACGACCUGGGUGAUUCCAUUGCUCAAAUCUUCAAUCACGAAAACAUCAUCUCCAUCGCCGGCCACAUAAGAACCCAUCCCUUCGCUAGUGCCACUUCAGCAGCUGGCGAACCUCAGCUUAGCCGUCCAAGGAAUUACAUCGUGUGGGACUAUUGCGACGCAGGAAACCUCAGUGGUCUCUUCCUGUGUAUGCCACGCAACAAACCUCCUAAUUUCUAUCUCCCCGAGUCACUCUGCUGGCAUGUCUUGACAUCGCUCCUCAACGCCAUUACGUAUCUCCACGAUGGGAAGCGCCUCAUUCUAGAUACAAAGGCACCGGCUGGAGAGAAACGGCAAUGGCUGCCAGUAGAUCAAGAUUGGCAUCCGAUUUUGCACCGUGCCAUUGAACCGAGGAACAUUUUCUUUCAGCAUUCACGGGGUAGCGAAACGUAUGGACUGUGUAAACUGGGCAACUUUGAAGAUGCAGUCGUCACGAAUCAUGUCAUUCCCCCCGAUGAUGGGCCAGAUGCUGUGGAUAGAGAUGCAGAGAUCAGCAUAGCAGUAGCUGCGCGGCGAGGGUUUGAGUCGUUGGAUACGUUGCGCCACAAGUUGCACACAAGUGUCACACCAGAUACAGAGGACAACUGCCCCUAUACCAUCGCCGAUGAACUCUUUUCCGUCGGCAAGGUCAUCUCCACGAUGAUGACAGGUGAAGAGUCUCCCGCCUACGAUAAAUUGCCCAUGACGCGGUACUCGGCGGCAUUGCAACGAGUGGUGAUGGAUCUGUUGAAACCAGACAGCAGGAGAAAAAUCACAAAGAUUCUGCCUCGAACCAAGAUGGUGAUGGGAUACUAUCGAGAGUGGAAGAACGGCACAGAUGAAGGGAAGAAUUAUAAGGAUAUUGAGGACGACAUGCUUCCGAGAUAUGAGGCGGAGAUGGAGAUGGAGAUAUGA